GUCUUGUCUGUCUGUCUGGCCAACAGCAGUCUGGCGGCUUUGCGACAGUGCCGGUUCCGUUCCCGCUCCCGUCCCUAUGCUGUCAUCCCUUCUCGAAACGAUUGACUCCUGUCAACUCACACUCUAGCUGCCCAACACCACUACUUAUACUACUAGUAUAAACUACACGUACUUAUUGACUUGGCCACGCUCUUCCUCGUGCACUCACUCGUCGAACGCCCCCCCCGCGACCCCUACCUCCUACCCCGCGUAGCAGUCAUGGCACCUCGACCUCGACCCAAACUGAAGAGUGACAACCCCGCCACCGCCGCCUCAGUCACCGAGGAGAUUUCCGUGUCGGACAAGAAUGUGGACGGCGACGUGUUCCGGAGGUCUCAUCCCAUCGUGUCGGCCACCACCGCGUUUUCUGCACUCCUCCUCGUCCGAUCGCUUUCUGCUGUCUACGCGACAAUCCCCGACUGCGAUGAAGUCUUCAAUUACUGGGAGCCCACGCACUAUCUCGCGCAUGGCUACGGCCUGCAGACGUGGGAGUACUCGCCCGUCUAUGCCAUCCGCAGCUGGGCCUAUGUCGGCCUACACGCCGUGCUGAGUCGUUUCUUCUCCGAGAUUCCAAAUCUCAGCAAGAUUCACGAAUUCUACGGUCUACGAUGUCUGUUCGCCGUCUUCUGUGCACUCUGUGAGACGAGGCUGUAUUCCGCCGUCUCGACGAACAUCAAUCGCCGCGUCGGAAUGCUCUAUCUCAUCACGACUGUCGCCAGCGCCGGUAUGUUCCACGCCGCCGCUACGUUUCUACCGUCGACUUUCGCUAUGUACACCUCCAUGCUCGGGACCGCGGCGUUCAUUAACCGUCGCCGAGGCUUCCGGACCGCUGAAGGAGUGUUUUGGUUUGCGCUGGGCGGAUUGCUGGGCUGGCCUUUCAGCAUGGCUAUGUGCAUUCCCCACGUUGCGGAGGAGCUGUUCAUGGCCACCAUAUCAUGGGGAGCCGUGCCGACGAUCAAACGACUCGUCAAGGGCGGUAUUGUGUCGAUUUUGUUGCUGGCUGGGAUUAUCGGAGUUGAUUAUUACGCCUAUCAGAAACUGGAGAUCGUUCCGCUGAACAUUGUGCUUUACAAUGUCUUUAGCGGGCCAGGAAGGGGCCCGGAUAUUUAUGGCACCGAGCCGUGGUGGUUUUAUCUGGCGAAUCUGACGCUCAACUUCAAUAUAUUGCUACCUCUGGCGUUGAUCAGUGCACCUUGCCUGAUCUUGUACUAUAUUGUCUGCCGCACCACUCUACCUCUAGGCUUCACACCGCGCAUGAUUUCCCUCUCGGCCCCCUUCUACCUCUGGUUUGCAAUCUUCACCGCCCAGCCGCACAAAGAAGAGCGGUUUAUGUAUGUAGCAUAUCCGGCGCUCUGUCUCAACGCAGCAAUGACCUACCACGUUCUCAUCAACGUCUGGAGCACCGUCUCAAGCCGCCUAACCAGCCGGGGCAAAUCGCAAGACCUCCUAAACUGGCUAGUUCUCGCGCUGCCACUCGCAGUCGCCGCGUUAGCCUCCCUCUCCCGCGUGCUGGCCGUCGUCAGCGCAUACUCCGCGCCGCUCGAGGUGUACUCCGGACUACCGGCGAAUGCCACAGGCAAUCUGUGCAUCGGAAAGGAGUGGUAUCGGUUCCCGUCGUCGUACUUUUUGCCCGAUGGAGUGAGGGUCAAGUUCGUCAAGAGCGCCUUUGAUGGGCUACUACCGGGGGAGUUCCCCGAGAGUAAGGAUUGGUCCCGUCCCGGGACCUGGAUGAUCCCAAAGGGCAUGAAUGAUGAGAAUAAAGGUGACCCUUCGAAAUAUAUCAACUUCGACCAAUGCGAUUACUUCGUCGAAUCCUUCUUCAACCGUCACGGUGGGAAAGAUGUCGAACAAGACCACCAGGUCGACAUGAAUCAAUGGGAGGAAUCGGUUUGUAAAGACUUCCUCGACGCCGCCGCGACGCCGAGCUUGGGGCGUAUCCUGUGGGUGCCUCGGUGGAUCCCGAGCUUCCGCGGCUGGGGCAAAUACUGUCUCCUCACGAAGAAGCGCGGGUGAUCUUUGGGCGGGGAGACGGGGACUUUCUUGUUUGUACAUUAUAUAUGGGAGCCAGCUUUCUGCACUAGGAUAGUUUUGCUACUUGUGGUUAACUGCAUCUUCCCGUCGUGUGAUGCAUCAUGCUCAUGCACGGCGCGCGUAUCAUCGAUAAGCUAUCUAAUAUAAUUCACCCGGCCCCGCG